GCUUUUAUAAUGUCACCAGACGCGACGAGUGCAAGAAUGCUUGGACUGUCAAUAUUGUUCACCUCAAAUAGGCCCAGGCAAAGCGCGCCACCUAGAAAUGUGAUCCGCAAGCCCAAAGGAGGCGUGCACGCAUAUGCACUAUCUAAAACAAGCGCAUCCCGAUGCCAUGAGCUAUGUGGGAUAUCUGCAGACCCCCGGAACAGAAUGCGACCAGCGCUACACCCUCGUGCGAGCACACGAGUACGCUGAUAGCACGCAAAAUCUGUCACCAGGACAUCAUUUCGCACGUAAAAUGUAAAUUUCCACAGUUCCUAGCGGUCAUCUGCACCAGUGCAACGAAGUGACGCAAAGCCGACUAGCUCUAUGAGAUUUUCCAGACUCUUUGCCGAGCGCGGCGCGGACUGCGAAAGGAAGUACAUGUACGCUUUGUAUGCGUGUCAUGCAUGCUAUGAGCCAUACU